AUGGCGGCCUCACGAUCACUCUCCGCUUUCGCGCUUUUCCGCCCGCAGCCGUUCAUAUCUCAGUCCCCAUCAGUGUCGAGAUGGCAAUCUCUCGUCAAGGCAUUUCUGUUCAAUCAUGAUUCCAGCUUCACCCCCGCUGCCUCAUCAACCAGUGUCAAUGGCAUACUCUCCGGUAUCUGGGAAUCCAUCCUCCGUGCGGUACCAAAGAAGAAGACAUCCCACAUGAAGAAGCGCCACAGACAGAUGGCUGGAAAGGCUCUCAAGGACGUGAAGAACUUGAACAGAUGUUCGGGAUGUGGUCAGAUCAAGCGCGCCCAUCUCCUAUGCCCGAACUGCGUCUCAGAGAUCCGACAGCAAUGGCGACAAGUCCAGAAGGAAUAG